AUGAUGAAGAUCGCGUUCGCCGUUGUUGCCCUGCUGGCUGUGGCUGUCAGUGCCGAUUAUCACGAGCACCAGGAUUACCAUUCGCAUCCGAGCUACAAAUUCGAGUAUGGAGUUAAGGACCCGCACACCGGAGAUCACAAGAGUCAGUGGGAACAUCGGGAUGGAGAUGUCGUCAAGGGAGCUUAUACUCUGGAGGAAGCUGAUGGAACCCACCGCGUGGUCGAGUAUUCCUCGGACAAGCACAACGGAUUCCAGGCUCACGUGAAGCGUGUAGGACACGCUCACCAUCCGGAAGUGUACGGUCAUCACGAGGGUGGACAUUCUUAUGGCCACGGCCACGGACACGGUAGCAGCUACGCCAACGGCAAUCUGUACCAGCAUCACCACUAA